AUGAUUGCUUGCUUUUCUGUAUUAUUUGCUUUAGUCGUCGCAGAGGAAUGAAUAUAUGGCUUGCUGCUCUUAGCCAAUUCACGAAGAUUAUUGCAGAAACUCACUUUCUAUCUGUCCCCAUUCCAGAAAAUCUGGAUUCCAUUUGUAAGAUUUCCUUUCGAGCCAACCAGAGCAUUUGCACAAAGUAAUGAGUUUUUAUCUUUAACAAUACUUGGGAGUAAUUAA